GAUCUUCCGGUGUGGGCGGAGCUAUACAUUCUGUGUACGUAGACAAAAAACAAUCGACGUAGUUUUCUCUUCAUCCUCAAUAGUUUGAGUUCGUAGUAUUUGUGACCGUGUCCAGCUCAUUUUUUACAAACCACCAGCAUUUGUAACAAUGGUCGCCAAACAGAGGAUUCGUAUGGCCAACGAGAAACACAGCAAAAACAUCACCCAGAGAGGCAACGUCAAAUCAUCGAGAAACGUCAGUGAUGAUAAAGUUUCGGUGGGACCGUGGCUCUUGGCGCUCUUCGUCUUUGUUGUCUGCGGCUCAGCAAUAUUCCAGAUCAUUCAGAGCAUUCGCAUGGGCAUGUAAAGAGGACCAAUGAUGUCUCAAGUAUCCUCUCCUUGCCAGUUCCACAUACUGCAACUUUAAGAAGGAGCCUCUCUUCAAGGCUUUUUGCUGAUUUUAUUAGUUUAUCUUCUAUGAGGUGCAGCAAUCUUGUCAUUCGUCUCUGGUGCCUUGUUAAUGAAGACAAAUCAAAAAGCCAUAAAAUUGCAUUCCGAUCAAUUGUAAUGUUUUUUUGUCAAUUUACCUGAUGUAAUUUAAAAAUCUUUAUGUCUCAAGCAGUGACGUGAUUUGUAAUUCCUGACUUCUCGUUCAUUCCUGAAAUAAUUGUGAAGAAAUUAGUCUUUUUGAUCGCUUUUUGGACCCCCCAAAUAGCCAUUUAGAAAUUUGCACAGGAUGAAGUAUUACAAAUGAAAAGCCAGUCAGCAAAUCUAAAUCACAAAUGUAGAAAUGUCUCUUCUCACGCAUUGUAUUACUUUUCUUUUACUUGCUUUCUUUGUAAUUUAAUAGCUGCCUCCUUCCUUCUAGAAUAUGGAACUUCAACCUGAAAAAUUUAGUUCUCUGGCACAUAUUCUGGUCGUUGUGGUACUGUUUACCAUAAUAGAAUGUGGCUUAGCAAUUCAGCUUUUUUCAGAACUGAUGCUGUUAUAUACUGUAUGCUAUGAUAGCGAGGUGGAGUGAAGAGGAACAGAGCUGGACUAAAAUAAAAUGUUUAAACAUGG